CGAAGAGUGCCGGAGUGGUGCACCGAACCCGACCACGGUGAGUGACCGAUAAAAAUGUUGAAUGAGCAAGGACAAAACGGACGAGCGUAGAGAAAGCGGACAAACACACACACGCACAUACUCAUGAAACUCGAUAAAAAGGAGUAAAAAAAAACGGAAACGCCAAAAGCUAACCGUACCAGAAUGAGAGUGUAUAUCUCGCCGCGUAUCUCUCAGGAGCUGUUUGGGGGGAUGGUGGGAGCUGUCGUGUAAUGGUAGCGGAUAGAAAUAAAUGGUGGAAAAGAGAGAGAUGGAGAGAAAGAGAGAGAUGGAGAAAAAGAGAGAGAGAGAGAGAGAGAGCGAGCCUCCCUCAGUAAAUGGAUAGAGGGACGUAGUAGUCGUCGUCGUACGUCGUUUUGGUAGCAGCAAUUGACGACAAUGAUUUGGGUGUUCGUCCUUCCAGUAUGGUCCGGACCGUUCAACGGGAAAGCAUCCCCGGAACGGAAGAAACUUAAAGCUUUUUAUUAAGAUCAACACAAUAUAGAAAUUAAAAAAUAGGCCCCGUUUUUUCUCUGUGGAAGACUCUGUGUCUGUGUUCUGUUCCCGUGUUGCACAAAAACAGAAGAGACAGAAUUCUUGAUCGUUUAUUUCGCUUACCCAGUGCGGCGGCGAGCGCGUGCAGUGUGCAAGCGGGUUUGUAGCACCAAGAAAUCCGGUUGCUAUAAAGGAAAACCCUGACAUACACACACACACAUAAGAACGGGAGGGUGAGAGGACCCUUUUGUACAAUCGUGCUGGGUAGAAUAUCGAUGGCAUCAACUCGACUCGGCUGGUUUCUGCCUUCAUCGCUCGCUGGGCCCGGUGGCUCCGUGGGCUCGCGUACGCUGUCAGUCGUGUGCCGAGAACUCGUGCAGUGCGGUGUGCUCGUGUAGAGGGAACCUACCUAUUGCUCAGACUCAGCCGUUUGCACACCAACCGCCCGUCUGUCCUGCCAGGUUUGCCAGGUGUGCCGGGACAGGAAACCAUUCUCUAGACCGCGCGUAGAGAGUGCAACCUGGCGAAAGAUAUGUGUGUAUGCAUGUGUGUGUGUGCGUCUCGUAAAGUAUGCUGACUAGUAGCUGACGCUGCUGCAACACUGGCCCUAUACCGAGUGCCUUAGCGUGUGCGUUGGUGGCGUGUUAUCAUCCUCCACAGAAGUUCCUAAGCGUAGCAGAGUGAGCAGCAAAUUUCCGAUCGAUGUCGAAUUUCAUUCCUGCCUCAGGCACUCCCCCAGGCCCUAUACUACCCGCUUUUUUCCGGGAUUAUUGUGUAUGAUUACUCGGUGUGUGUGCGGCUGGCUGCGGAGGUCAUCCAGUGUGAGUUGAUGAUCGAAAGCGAAAGUGUCAAAUCCGCCGCCGAGAGAUGUACGCAGAAGAAUCGUCGUGUUCUAGGUUUGUACGAGCAUGAGCGAUAGAGAGAGAGAGAGAGAGAGAGAGAGAGAGAGAAAGAGAGAGAGAACGUGUUGUAGAAGUUCGUAAUGCAUGUGUGAGAAAAAGAGCACGAACACGAGCGAUACAUACUAACAUCAGGACACAUUACCGUUGGUGAGCCAAAGGAACCGUGCUUUCCAUCCCUCAAACCGGGUCUGGAGGAAGAUGUCGUUUGGAAGUUUUUGAAGAAACCAUCACCAUUUGCGGUCGAUUCGAGAGCCCGAGAACGAUGGGGGCACGAUAUUUAACUCUGAGUGAAUAUCCGGAAAAUUGAAGCGUAAAGUCUAUUACAACCGUGCUGUUAAGGGCUUUACUCUGCGGCGUAUCCUGCUACAAUGUGUGUCAGCUGUGACUUUGCUGUCUAGUGUGUGCAAUUCUCCUUGCUCCAGGAAGUGUGUGUGUGUGUGUGAGUAGGUGCGCAAUUCCUGCGUAGGGAUUACUUUGUAAGAAUUGGAAAGGAUCGGCCAGCAAUAGUACAAACCGUGCUCUCUAGUGUAUAUUUGGUGAUGAUGGACAAAGAAAAAGAGAAUGCUAGAGAAUAGCACGGUACUACUACUACUGCUACACAUACACUCCCGAGAAUCACCUUCCCGUGUUGCUCGCGGUUCAGGAAAAUCGAAGAGCGUGUUUGGUGACUGGUGAGCGUGCAGUGAGAACAAACUCCUACUAUUCUUUGUUGUUUGCCGAAGGUGACUUUGGAAGUGUCGAGUGGUCUGUGCCUGUGUGUGUUUGUGAGUGUGUGUGUAUAGCACACAUAUACACAUACCGGUGUUUUACUCCAUCCAGCCUUCCGGCCCCGAAACUACUUGCUCCUGAGGGGGUAGCCGAAGCAAAUUUGUGGUUGCAAAAUGCCUGGCCUGUUCCCAUCGCGGAGGAUUGACGGUCACGACUCGGGCACCGAGUCGGACGGUGACCUGGAGCAGGAAGACGACCUGAUACAGGAGCACGAGAUGGAGCUAAGUUUAAGUUCCCGGCAGGACACGGUUUCGCCGACCGAUACGGCCUGCUCGUCCGAAUCGCCCGCCUUUCUCGGGCCGCCCUCCUCCUCCUCCCACCUGCUGGCAUACGAUCAGAACAGCUCGGAGGAGGAGCUGGAGGUGAUCAAUGGAGGUGGCGGGUCCGCGGGCUGCGAUCUCGUCGAGGUGGGCAGCGUGAGCGGUGUGCCGAGCCGGCUGAGCGGGCUGAGCGGGCUGCCCAUCCUAAGCAACCCCCACACGGACGAGGAGACUGAGGAAGAGGAGGAGGAGGAGGAGGAAGAAGAUGAUGUGACCGAAGGUAUCGUGGACGAGGUGGAGGACGAGGAGGAGGAGGAGGAUUACGUGGCGACACCUGGAGCAGCACCGACGGGAACAACGGCAGCAGCGACAAUCAGCGAAAGUACGGCGGGCCAGUGCGGUGGCCCCGGCGCCAUGGACACGAGCGGCAGUAUUGUGCGGGGCCGGGAGUUCAUGGUGAUCGGGGCGUGCGGCGCUGACGAAGACGACGGUGAGGCGGAGCCGCUGGACGAUUUUGCCGAGGAGCUGUCGAGUCUGACGGCGAUCCCCCAGACGGCGGCGGCGGCAGCGACGACAGUAGUGCCGCUUGCACCGGCACCGUUAGCGACCAAACUGAUCUCAUCGGCGGCGACCGCCGGCAAGCGGUUGGGAAGUGUGAGCAGCUUGCUGGAGAAGCGCAAACGUUCCCUGGCGCACAAUUCGGAUGAUGAGGUACGCUAUCUGCUGGAACAGCAACAACCACCGAACCAGCAGCAGCAGCAGCACCAACAACCGACCCAUCAUCAUCAUCAUCCACUCGCGCAUCAAUAUCAUCAUACGUUGCGCCACCAUCACCACCACCACCACCACCUGCAGCACCAACAGCAGCAGGAGGAGCUCCAGCCGGAGGAGGCGGCGCCCCUGUCGGCGCCGGUCAACUUCCGCACAUCGCCACCACUAGAAGCUUUAAAACCACACCGUGGCCAUAUACUGCAGCGCUCGACGACCCCGCUAGUGCUGGGCGAGGGGUGCGGUGCGGCCGGUGUUGCUCCGACCGCUCCGAGCGGGCUUCGGCCAUCGUCCGGGUCGUCGCUGUCGUCGCUCGGCGGUGGCACCACCGGCAUUAGCGGUUUCUACGGCACCGGUAGCAACAGUAGCUGCAGCGGUAGCAACACUAGUACGACCGUAGGAAGUUGCGUUGGUGGUGGUGGUGGUGCCGGUGGCCUUCGAUUCGGUCUCGGCCGACGCCCCAUUGGCUGUGAUAGUCCAUUGACUGCGGUGUGCCAUCGCAACAGCACCAAUCCGCCACCACACCACGGCGGUGGCACCGGCAGCCUUGGAUCCGGGCUUAGUACAACAACCACUCGAACGUCAUCAUCAUCAUCAUCAUCGGCGGCGGCGUCCCUGUCGUCAGCACCGGCCUCGCUGGUACGGCUCGGGGCAGGCAGCAGCCCGGAACCGGCCGGCGGUGGCGGCGGCAGUAUCACCACCACCACCCCCCUAGUAACUAGUAUGGACGUGAGCCGGUCCGUUAGUCCACCGGCGAAGAUGUUCCACUGUGCCGUGUCGCCGCGCCGGCGGCAGCCCCGCCACCAGCAGCAGCGGCUGCAGCGUCCCCACAGGCCCUGCCUAGACUUUGACAAGAUGCAACAGCUGAAGGCACGCUCCGUCACCACCUGGCGGCACAGCAACGAGCACUCGGGCGAGCUGUCCGUCUUCUGCUGGUGAUGAUGAGUGAAGGACAGUCUCCGCCGGGCGUGGCCGUCAGCCGCCAGCGUUGCCGCCGCCAUCACCCUGAUGGCGGUGGACUGUCUGUGCCGUGGGCUGUCUGUGCCACCAGCAGGAGGAGUUGUCAAAGCGGAAAGCGGAACAACACGCUCGCGUGUUUGCAUCGAACCGACCCGACGUGGGCUCGGCGAUGGUUUUAUUACUGGAGGAGGACGGGCGGUGCUGUCCAAUCCUGUGGCUGUGGCUGUGGUGUGUUUCCUGUAGUUUCCGGCCGCCUUUAGCGACGGCACUCGCUGCCACGAUGACGACGAGUUUGCGGCACGCGCGAAACGGCAGCGUCAGGUCGCUGCGUAUGGGGGUAUUUUAUUUGUUAGUGAGCGUGAUAGUACAAGCGUUUCUUUGUUUCAAUUUUGUACUUGGAAAGGAGUAGACAAAAGAAUUAGCUCCGUUGAUUUGUCCCCUUGGCUGCGUGCGGCUCAAACAGUUUUAGAUAUUAGUUUAGAAGGAGCAGGCCCCAAACACGGCCGGGCAAACCGUGUUCUUCUUCGACGAAUCGUCUCACACACACACAGCGUGCGAUAUGUAUUUGUGUGUGUGUGUGUAAGUGCACAUUAAGCGAUACUGUGUUUGUGUGUGUGUUUUAUUUGCUUGUUUUUUUAAACUAUCUUUACACUUAAUGACAUUUUCAAAGCAAUUUUGUGAUUUUAAUCGUUAGCAAUAUCGUGUAUUAAGUUUGAUCGUUUGAUAGAUGUACUUUCCAAAUUUCCUCUCAGUUUGGACGUAGGCCUGUGCGGCGCUAUGACGCCCUGUUUUUCGUUCUUCCUAUUCUGCAACAGUUGUGCGGGAAGCAUCGUAAGGAACUAGCGUUACUACUGUGUGUGCGUGUUUGUUCCGAUUUUUUGGAAGAGUCAAUCUGAAAACUAACUGGAUUCAAUCAAACCAGUGUACCAGGACGGAGAUUAGGACGAUAGACACAGCGAAAGAGAGAGUGAGAGAGCGAGCUAGUUCUUCUCAGGGACAUACACAUACGAAACA